UACACAUAGAGAAACAGAGGGACGCUGUUUCGCUCGUUCGGAAGUUUUCUCCUGUUAGACAUUCAGCCUCUUGCGAAUUGAAGGACAAUUAUGAAUCACAGAGAGACGAUAGAUACAAACUAAUUGUAUGCAUUUUAUUCGUUAAAAAAAUGGGCAUCCUGGAUUCCCUUGGCAUCCAUGAAUACACGCCAAAGGGUACCAUUGUGCGCCGUUUCUUCCCUCUAUCUGAAAGCAUUGUCCGAGUUCGACAAUUGUCCGACAAUCACACCUGGCAACAGGUGUCGCUUCCUAUACCCUUCGUGGUGGUCCUCUUUUAUAGUAAUUCAUCAAAAUGUAUCAAAGUAAAUAGCAUGGCGUUAUGCCUGUGGGCACUGGGUAGAUAGGAUUUAAGUGCUCAGACUAUGACACAUACUCACAGAAAAAAACUGUCAUCAGUGCAGUUGGCCAUUGGUGGCGCGUUGCGUGUAGUGCGCGUCUUGGACACAGCGUUUCGCUCUCUGCAUUCCUUCUCAAGGAGCUCCCCACCAACUCGCUUCCUCGCACCACCACCAAACCUCCCUCCCUACCACAACAGUAAGAUAGCAGAGAGCCCGUCUACAGUGACAGAGGGCAGCAGUAUGCCCUGCAGCUAGUGUAAUAGUUUACAGAAAGUCCGAAAUUGUGACUUCCGAACCGCCCGCGCGCUGCCUAACUGCUCAGGAAAUACUACGGAGUUUUGGAACAUAAUUUCCCCAAAGGAGUGACGAGAUUUUGGAGUUGUGGACAAGUGCGGGAACAGGUUGACGCUCAAGAGCAGCUCAUCUUUCGAGAAAGGACAGACUUUUGAACAGCAGGAGUUCAGGAUGGAGAAAGCGCCACUGUUUUUGCCCCUUGUCAUUCUACUGAUGCAAUGCCUUCCCAUUGUCCCUGUUACCGUGUCAACAACCACACCCAAGGUAGAGGUCCGUGAGAACUCUGAUGCGGUUCUGAGCUGUGGUUUUCGGACCGAGAAGGAACCGAAUCCUCGAAUCGAGUGGAAGAAGAAAGGAACAGAUGUAUCAUUUGUUUACUAUGAGGGACAAUUCAGAGGAGCCUUUGCGGGGCGUGCAAGGAUCAAGGGGGCAACGGUGACCCUACAGAGGGUGACCCAGAAAGACGCGGGUGAAUACCGCUGUGAGAUCACUGCCCCUCAUGACACCAUCACCCUUGGGGAGACUAACAUUACCCUCACAGUCUUGGUUCCCCCCCACACGCCAUCCUGUGAGAUCCCCAGCUCGGCCCUGACGGGCUCUAUGGUGCAGCUGCGUUGUUUGGACCAGCAGAGCAUCCCCCCAGCCACCUACUCCUGGUACAAAGACGACAAGCUGCUGACCCCCUCCCGCAUGGCCAACGCCACCUACCACCUCAACCCAUUCACCGGCAUACUGGAGUUUAAGACGGUGGCGAGAGGCGACACGGGACAGUACAGCUGUCUGGCAUCAAACAAAGUGGGGCAGUCCAAGAUGUGUGAGGCUAAACACAUGAAGAUAGAGGAUGUAAACAUGGCAGGGGUCGUUGCUGCGGUCGUGGUCAUCUGUCUGGUCAUCGCCAUUUGUGGCUUCGGAGGGUACUAUGCACACCGUAAUGGCUACUUCAGAAGACACAAAGGAAGGUCCUUUUGGAUCCCUCAGUGUCAUGGUGUGGCCCACAUCAGCAGCCAGAACCUCCAUAGAACAGAAGACAAGACUAAUGCCAACUACAGCCCACCGCCCCAAGAUCCUGCGGACUUCAAACACACCCAGUCUUUCAUGCUGUGAGGCUCUCAACAACCCCCUAAAAGACACUACACAGACACUAGCACCAUGACAACACUGGAGUAGUUUUAUUCGACCCAAAUGAAUAGCUCUAAGAAUAAUACAUUUUUGGGGAACUGACCAACCCUGCUCUCCUCACCCUUGUGGAUGGAUAGCAAGGAGGGGCAGACAACUCUGCGUAGAGGCCAUUUAUUCCUCCUGUUUUGCUGUACCUGGGCCCUCAAUGCAAGCCUAUUAUAUUAGUCACAUGGUACUCCCCUCUAGUGGCCAAGUUGUUAAACUACAGACUAUAUCGCCCUCCUGUGGCAGACCCGUGGAAUUGUGUUCCACACAUGCUCACUUCCCCCUCUACUGGCCAAAACAUUAACUACCUAAAUCUUAUUUUAUACCAAAGACUUGAACAUGGCAUCUGAGUGUAAUAUACUGUACAUAUUUUCUGAUGGCUAUUGGCUAAGCAUUUAUGUGAACACGAGAGCAAUCACAUUAGGGCUCCGUAAUGGCACAAGGCACUGCAAGAGACGUUACUACAGUCCCUGGUUCGAAUCCAGGCUGUAUCACCUCCGGCCAUGACUAGGAGCCCCAUAGAGCGGCGCACAAUUGGCGCCUCGCUAUGGGACUGUUAAGAACAUGGUCUAACCCGGCCAAACCCUAAAGACGCAGGGCCAAUUGUGCGCCACCCUAUGGGACACAGCCUGGAAUCGAACCUGUAGUGACACGCCACUCUGGAGCCCAAAAUUACAUAGACUAACACAGGGGCUAAUUAGAAUACAGGUAAUUUAAAAAAAAUAAUCCACAUCAUAAUCCGUCUGUUUUAAGACGGAGAAAUUGUUUUUUGCAGUGUUUGUCAGACCAGGAGACAUCCCGAAAAACAAAUCUUAUGGAUUGCUUCCUCUCCAUUUUGAAUAUUGGCCAUCCACUAUAUUGUUUUCAGAACAGUGCAGGAGACACUGUAGGAUCGAUUCAGUGCUAUGAUUGCAAUUUAAAAGGCGAUGUUCUUAUUUUCGCAGACUGCCUUCAUGUUAAAUGCUGCAUAUGUUGGCUCAAUAGCUCUGAACUUCGGAAACACUAAUUGAAUUGUGACCGUUGAGAUGGACCCCUGCUCACCUGAAUAUGCCCAGUGCAUAUCAAAUGUAGUUGUCAUAUUAUAUCUAGAGGCUCUUUUUUAAAGUGUUUUUUUUGUAUUGUUUAACCUAAAGUAUUAUCGUGCUACUGCAUUUUUUCCUAAUAGAGAGUAUGUUUCUUAGGCUAUGGAUGGAUGGGUUGAUGUAAGUGUAUUCUUUGUAAAAUGUUUACUCUGUAUUAAAGAUUUAUCAAA